AUUAGUGAUAAUACAGUCAGUAAUGUGUGUAUUAGGUUUCAUCCCCAUGGUUUGUGUGUCUGGGAGCAGGCACAGACGGUCCUGCAGAAUGCAGAUGCUGCUGUCGACGCGCCUUCUGAGGACUUUUAUUUUGAAAGAAACAGUCGGCAGAGACGUCACGUUACCUCCGCACAGCCGACGGUUUCUGUGGAAGUUUAUAUUUGCUGCUAGCGAACGAACAACUCCACAUAUUAAGUUAGUUCACCUACUGUACACGACGCCCAUUGUCUUGGUCGGUAAGCAACCCCCCUGUAUUCAGUGUGUGAUUUCUGAGGCGGAGGCUAGCGUGCAGCCACAAGCAGGGUUAGUUAGCAUGCUGGGCUAGCUCACUAGAGCUCACUGUUGUCCCGAGGUUCGAGGAGGAGACGAUGAACCGCGGUACCACCCACGGCCACCUGGACGACGGGCCGCGGUAUGGACUACCUCCCCCGCCCGGAGAGUGGGGCCCCUAUGGCCCGCCACCCAACGAAUGGGGUCCAAGGGGCCCGGCGCCGCACAUGGACUGGGGACCACGAGGACCCCCGGAAUGGGGUGCUCCUCACAGCCCUUGGGGACCUCAUCACCCCGCAUGGGGACACCCUGGUUGGGGUCCGGAGGGUCCGGACCCGUGGGGAGCACCGCCCCAUGAAUGGGGGCCUCCUCCGCCGGGCGGCUGGGGUCCGCCUCCCGCGGGCGGCUGGGGCCCUGGCGGCCCUCCUCCAGACCUGUACUACCGCCCGCCCAGCCCGGACCCAUACCGAGCCCCUCCUCCGCCGCCGGGCUUCGCUCCUCCGCCGCCGUCAGUCGCUUACCAUCCUCCGUACCUGCCGCCCGUGGAGCCCCCCCCACAAGCCGCGUUCCCCGCAUCAUUCCCUCCACCCGGAUGGACGGCGGAGCAGCCGAUGCUGAACCCUGCUCCAGAACAGCCUCAGUGGUUGAAGGCUUUGAUUUCAGUCCCACCCACCGAGCCUCCACCCUCUUCCACGGCCGCCGCCCCCACCCCCGCCCUGGCUCCGCCCCCCGUUGCUCCCGUGGUGCCGGUAGCCCCUGCAAAGCCUGCGGCCCCUUCAAAGCCCACGGGGCCUCCCGAACCAGAGUGCAAGGCCACACCGCUUGGCCUUCUGGGAAAAAGGAUAUUUGAAAAGCCCCCAGCUGGACGCUCCACUGGCAUCAUCUCCUUCAUCGGGCCCACGUUCGGAUACAUCGAGAGGGAAGACCUGGAGAAGUUCUCCUUCGCGUUCAAAGCCUACUUUGGGAACUCCAAGGCCCUGACGCCAGGGGUCAGAGUUCACUUCACCGCGCUCAAGGAGAAGAACAGUCAGGUGGCCACGGACGUAAAGGUGGCCCCGGGGGGGACGGAGAACGUUGGCAUGGAGAUCUACGAGGCCGUGGUCAGCCAGCCAAUCCAGGAGCCCCAGCCCGGGGAGAAGCUGUACCCAGGCCAGGUGUUCACCACGCUGGGCCACCUGCGCACCAACCUGGCGUACGAGCGGCGGGACUCUGCGGUGACGCUGCUGAAGGACGACCAGGUGCUGUUCAACCUGCUCACCGACCUGGUGACGGACAAGAGGAGGGCCACCAACAUCCGGCUGCAGAUCCCCCUCACCUACCAGCACACCAAGGAGACCCGCCUCACGGGCGCCAUCACGAGCAUCACGGGCCCCAAGGGGGUGAUCACGGCGAAGACGCACGGCGAGCUGACCUUCGAACUGAAGGAGAACCUGAGUGACGUGGACUUCACCGCGGAGGACGUCAAAGAGGAGGUGGAGUUCACCCUCCACACGGUGCGAGGAGCCCAGAGGGCGAUCAGGAUCCGCCGCAUGAAGGAGCCCCUGCUCCUCACCCUCUGCACCUCACCCCCUCCCCUGCCCUCGCCCCUGGGCGCCCGCCCCCCCGCCCGCCCGAGCGCCGCCGAGCUGGGGCCCAACGUCCAGCUGGACAACGAGCUGUACGAGGGCGUGGUCAGCCAGACCAUCAUCCCAAACUCUGCCCUUAUACCAGGCUACCCGGGUCAGAUCUUCGCCAACAUCGGGCCGAUCAAGACCAACGUGACGUUUGACAAGCGGGACUGCUCGGUGACGCUGCUGAAGGACGACCACGUGCUGAUCAACCUGCUGGUCGACACCAUGACCCGCAAGCGCCGCGCCGCCAACAUCAAGCCCAAGGUCCCCUUCACCUUCUGCUACACCAAGGAGAAGAGGGAGAAGGGUCAGAUCCGCAGCAUCGCGGGCCGCACUGGAGACAUCCGCUCGGAGGACUACGAGGGGCUGCCCUUCGACGUCUCGGACACCUUCAGCGACAACGAGCUCAGCCCGGGGGAUGUGGGCAAGGAGGUGGAGUUCACUGUGACGAUGGUGAACAACGCCUCCAGGGGAAUCCGCCUGAGGAGGCUGGUGCCACCGGGAGACAAGAUCCUGGAGGAGCAGAAGAAACGAGAAGAGGAGGAGAGGAAGAAGAGGGGAGAGGAGGAGAGGAAGAAGAAGAAGGAGGAGGAAGAGGAGAAAUCCAGAGACUUAGAGAAGAGGAAGGAGGUGGCUGCGGCGCUGGCAGCGGCCCAGGUCAAGUGGACCCCGCUGGGAUUCAGAAUGACCGACCCCAAUACCUUCGACGACAUCAGCAAGGAGCGCUUCCAGGGCACCGUGCUGAAGACCAUCUCCAAGAGCCCUCAGAUCUACCAGAUCACCAAGGACGGCGUGAAGGGCGACCCCGACGAGAAGAACGUUAAUAAAGAAGAGAAGAAGAAGGACGCUGUAGAGGAGGCGGCGGCGGCGGUGGGCGUGGACGGAGACAAGAAGGACGUGGUCGGAGUGAAACAGGAAGCAGUCAAGGUUGAACAGGAAGUGAGAGCUGUCUCGGCUAAGGUGGAGGUGAAGGAGGAGCAGGAGGAGCGUCCCGUGGACGCUCAGCCGGCCGGCGGGAAGGAGAAGGAGAAGGAGCGGCCCGACCGAGGCCGCCUGGUGAUGACCAUCGCCGGGGAGCAGAAGAUGUUGCACUUUGACCCCAUUGACGUCAUGACCAGUGCCACCAUGAUGGUCGGAGACAAGGUGCGCUUCAACAUCGGCACGCAGCGGGAGAGCAGGGAGGAGCGGGCCACCUACGUGGAGAUCCUCCCGGACUCCUUCCAGGAGUCCACGGAGCAGCGCCGACACGGCAUCGUGAUCGAGUUCUCCGAGGAGUCUGGGCUCAUCAAGUGCUCCCAGAAUCCCCAGCUGUUCUUCCGCAUGUCUGAGGUCAUCAUCGUCAAGCAGAAGAAGCUCCAGCUGAACGAGAAGGUGGAGUUCAGCGUGGUGCCGCAUGAGACGGCGGACGGCGGGCACCAGGCCAUCCGGAUCACCCGCUUCAUGGAGAACGUCUUCCUUCCUGUCCGGAAGCUGAGUGCUGUCGGUGCCAGCCAGGCCAAGGGGAAGAUGACCAUCAAGAUCUCCAAAGAAACAAAGAGUGUUGACGACAAAGGUAAAGAGCAGGCGGAGUCGGACAAGCUGAAGGCGGUGGUCAAGAACCUGCGUUCCCAGGACUCCAAGGACGGCCGGGGGGGCGGCGGGCGCAAGGACUACGCCGCCGCCGGCCGCCGGCGCCACGGGCGCUCGCGCAGCCGGAGCCGCAGCCCCUCCAGGACGCACUACGGCCGCUUCAUCGAGAGGCACCGCAGCUCCAGCGUCAGACGCAGCGGCAGCCGGGAGCGGGAGCGCUCGCACCGCCGCUCCCGCUCCCGGAGCCGGGAGAGGAGCGGGGAGAGGAGCAGGGACAGCGGGAGCAGCAGGACUAAGAGUAGUAAAAACAGCAAGGAGAGAGAUGGAAGUCCAUGGUGGAGCGGGACCACCGGGACAGCGAUCCUCGAGACUCUCGGGGAGGAGACCCCCGGGGCCCAGACCAUCGAGGAGACCCCCGAGGAGGAGGUGACCCCCACGGCCCUGACCCCCGUGGUCCUGACCCGCGGGGACCUGACCCCCGAGGAGGUGACCCCCGGGGACCUGAUCCCCGAGGAGGUGACCCCCGUGGCCCUGACCCGCGGGGACCUGACCCCCGAGGAGGUGACCCCCGUGGCCCUGACCCCCGAGGAGGUGACCCCCGUGGCGCUGACCCGCGGGGACCUGACCGCCAAGGAGGUGACGCCCGUGGCCCUGACCCCCGAGGAGGUGACCCCCGUGGCCCUGACCCCCGAGGAGGUGACCCCCGUGGAGGUGACCCCCGUGGCCCUGACCCCCGAGGAGGAGUACAAACCGGUCCAUCGGGAAGACCCGGAAUACCGGUACCGCUCGCCACCGUGCGACCCGGAAAGAGGUUACUAUGGCAACUCUUACGAGAGAGGCUACCGGCCCCCGCCCCACGCCGACCCCUACAGAGACCGUCUCUAUGACGACUAUCCCUACGGAGACGUGCCCUACAGGGACGCUCCUUACGCGGCGGACCGCGCCUAUGCCGAACGUUCCUACAGCGACCGUCCCCACGGAGAGCAGCCGUACGGGGAGCAGCCGUACCCGGAGCGCCCCUACAGCAGCGCUCCGUACCCGGACCGCUACGACGCGUACGCCGACCCGUACGCCGCCAAGCCCCGCGAAGAACCACCGUACGACCCUCUCUACGACCCGUCCCCGGCCAAGCGUGCCCGGUCCCUGGACCCCCACCGGGGGCGUUCGGCCUCCCCGACGCCUCACCCGGCCGCUCCUCAGAGUCCCCUCCCCUCCAGCUCCUACACCCCUCCCUCCGCCCAGCCCCCGCCCGCCUUCAAACCCCCGCAGUUCAGACCCCCGUCCCCGGUGGACUCCCCCCCGCGGAGCCCCUCCCCCCGGCCACCCGCCCAGUGGGCCGCGGCGGCCCCCGGCCCGUCCUACAACCCCCUCCUGGAGAUCUUCAACAAAGGCCUGGAGGCCCACAAGAAGCCCCCGGCGGCGGCGGCCAGAGGCCCCGCCUCCUACCAUCAGCGGACCCCCAGCGAGGCGCAGAGGACCCCCAGCGAGCCGCCGAGCUACAGGCUGCCCGAUGACGGGCUGCUGCCCCACGAGCGCGCCGUGCAGGACGGCAGCGGCUUCUCCAGGAUCGUGGGCCUGGCCUCGGAGCAUCCGGCCCCCAGCCGUUACCACGAGCCCGGCCCCCGGAGCUCCUCCUCCGCGGAGAGGACCAACGAGGAGGACCAGCCCUUCGACAAGAUCCAGACCCUGCUCAGGACCAUCGGCAUGACGCUGACCACCGGCGACGGCUCCAGGCCCGGCGCCCCGGAGGGCAUUCGCUCCAGGGAGGGCUACUCGUCCGCCGAGAGAGAGACCGGCCGGUCCUCAGCCAAUUGGAGCGAGGGGCGACCCGAGUGGGCCGGGUCCGCGGAGGCGAGGCGACUCCACUCCCCGUCCCCGGCCCGGCCGCCCAGCGCCGAGCCGCGGGGCGGCCGGGAGUCUGAGUACGAGGGCUUCCUGGACCAGCAGGAGAUGGAGGCUCUGAAGAGGGCCAAAGAGAUGCAGAGUCUCACCAAGACCAUCGGGGGCGCGUAUGAAUACAACACGCCCUCCGGUCCCCCCUCCACUCAGUUCCAACCGCAGCACCCAUGCUCCUCCUACCAGGGCCCCAACAGCUGGGCUCCGGUCGGAACCACGCAGAGCCCCACCUUCCCCAGCAUGGCCCCCACACCGCCUCCUCCCACUGCGCCACCGUCUCGUCGGUACGGGACUCCCCCCGGACACUCUCCCGGAUCGCCCCCACAGUACGUCCAGGGGUUCCCUACAUUCGGGCCCCCCUCCUCUCUCCCCUUCCUGGGUCAGGAGGACCCAGGGCUGAGCUCCACCAGCCCCGUCCCGCCCCCCCCCAGCGGCCCUCAGGCCCCGGGGUUCUCCCAGGCCGGCCCGUCAACUCCAGCCCUGACCCCCAGUGCUGAGGGUCAGGAGCCGAACUCGGCCCUCACGGUGGCCCGGUGCCUCAAGGUGAUUGAGACGGUGAAGUCUCUGAAGCCCUCCAAGUCGGUGCAGUUCAGCCUGCCCACAGACCUGCCCGUCUGCAGCGUGCAGAUCGCUGGAGGGACGGAGGAGGACAUCAAGGCCAAGCAGAAGGAGAAGUUGGACCAGUACAACCAGCGGAUUCAGGACAAGAGGGAAUUGCAUUAUCAAGAGAUUAGGAACCUCAAGAAACAAGGAGUUUGGAAGAGACGUCCCUCCGUCUCACAAGGUAAGCCAAUCGGGGAGCCCAAGAGCGUGUGGAUCUGCGGCCACUCCCUGGUGUUCUGGGCCGAGGCGCGGGCCAAGUCCCCAGAGGUGGGCAUGCAGCUGGGCAUGGACCCCAGCAACGUGGUGAUCCACUGGAAGGGCACCCAGGGCAUGACCUGGCCCCAGCUGCUGCCGCUGCUCCACCAGCUCAAGGUGAAGUGGCCCAACCCGGACGUGCUCAUCAUGCACCUGGGCGGGAACGACCUGAGCACGGAGAGCCCCACCGACCUGCUGGCCUCGGUCAAGAAGGACCUGAGCUCCAUGCGCAGCAUCUUCCCCCAGUGCCUGCUGGUCUGGUCAAACAUCCUGCCCCGCCGGGUGUGGCGCCACUCGGCAGACAACCAUGAGGUUGACCUGGUGAGGACCACGGUCAACCGCCGCAUCCACAACAUCAUCCUGGACCUGGGCGGCACCAGCCUGACCCACGACAACAUCCGCUGUGGCUCCAACACGGGCCAGUACCGGCCGGACGGGGUGCACCUGUCCUCCAAGGGCAUCGACACCUUCAACCUCAACCUGCAGGACUUCCUGGAGAGGUGGGAGAUGGAGUCCAUCAAAGACCUGGAGAAACCCUGAUCUCGUUUUAUCAUUGCUUUAGCUUUUGCCUUUUAUGAGUUGUUAGCCUGCGGCGUUAGCGAAGGAGUUAUACGUUUAUGUUAGUUGUUACUGAAAGCUUUUAAUGUUCUGCUAUAGUCACACUUAUGAUUUUAGCUCCGCUGUAACGAAACAAGUGGUCUGAGUGUACUCCAAAUCAACCAAUAAAGUGAUCUAAUUCUCAUGUCGUCCAUUUACUCGUCUCUAUACCGAAACUAGUGGAAGAACUUUACUAAGAAUAUCUAACGAGGGCUUUGCAGAAGAGGCCAAAUGGGUAAAAACUAAACAUUUUCCUAUAAUUACUAUUUAAUGAAGUGACUUCAUUAAA